UUGUUCUUGGGAAAAACUAAUUGAAGAUGUUUUUCAAAAACAUCCUUUUCCUUCUUCCAGUUUGUACCCCCAUGGGUUUUGUGCGACUGUUUGGCGUCAUCGGCCAGGUGCUGGUGAAGCCCAAUUUGUUGCGGGACGUGAACGAGGAAUUUCACGCCUUCUACCUGGAGGAGGCAACGGUGCGGCGUAAGCUGGCGAACGCUAACGUCAACAUUGAGUUGAAGAGCGUCACCACCGUCGAUUACGCCCCGUCGAAGCUGUGCGCCGAUUUGGAUGAUUUGUAUCAAAUCCGACCAACCAACGGCAGCACCGCUUACGAGUCCGAAAAACUCUUCGAAAGACUGAGAGAGCUUGAGGCUGAACGUAAACUACUAGACAAACAACGAAGUUCGUCUGCCCUGCAGAGGAAUCUCGUCUAUCCGGUUGCAAUGUUGCUAUUGCUUCUUCUGACCGGAAUCACUGUACUGCUGGUUAUGCAGAAUACCCUAGAGCUACUGAUAGGAAUCAAGGCUCUGCCAUUGAGUACACGGCAAUUCACUCUCGGCAUAACAUCGCUGUCGAAACUCGGUCCCCUCGGGGCCGCCCUCGAAGUUUGCAUCAUCAUGUACCUGGGCGUUACAUCGGCGGUAGGUCUCUACACGAUGCCAUUCAUGCGGAAUGUUAGGCCACAGCGACGAAAGACGUCCCUCUCGCAGCUCAUCGCCAACUGUGGACUGGUGCUGAUCCUAAGCUCGGCCCUCCCACUGCUGUCCCGGAUACUGGGAAUCACCAACUUCGAUCUGCUCGGGGAUUUCGGCCAGAUCGAGUGGCUCGGCAACUUCCUGAUCGUGCUGCUGUACAACGUGAUCUUCGGGACGGCGGCCACGCUCUGUCUGAUCAACAAGUUCACGGCCACCGUCCGGCGGGAGCUGUGCGCCCGGUUGAAGGCCCUGUUCGACUACAGCAGCCAUCUGGAGGCCAACUUCAGCAACUUCUCUCACCUAACCAGUAAUGGUAGCCAUCAUCAUCAUCAUCAUCAUCCCGAAUCGGCGCCGGUGAUUCCCAAUCAUCAGCAGCAACCUUUCCUCCAGAAUCAGCCUCCGGAAAAUCAUCACGUAAUUCUAGAAACUACAAGCGUUGAGACGCAAGUCUCCCACCGAACCACGACAACACAGGUGAUCGUCCCAGAGGUGGACGAUCAGCACAAAGCCAUUCCCAACGGGAAGGUUCCACAUUCAGAGGAAGACAAGAAAACGCUUUAAGAGAAAAUCUAUCGCACAAAACAACUGAUAAAGACUCCAGGCUUUUCGCAACGAAACCAGAACGUGACUUGAUGACUGACGGAAACCAAUUCUCUACAUGAUGUGUUAAUGAGAUGAAGAGUGUAACAUACCCAUGCAUUUUAACCCCAGCCGAUCGAUCUCUAUACGUUCUAAGCUUAUCUACAUACUACUGUUCAAUGGCACAAAAUCGACCUCAUCCUCCUCCUCGUGUGGUGUUACCUAAGGUGAGGUAACGAAAUAAGGUAACUACCCGAAACAAACAUGUAUGUACUCGAACACAACUUACACGAGAUGAUAUUGCAUGAAGCAAAACACAAGUGAGAUUAACAAAUAUCCAAUAACCAGUAUUGAAAUAAAUUUGACGUGUUGAAUUCGUCGGAAGAUA